AUGGAGACGGGUAUAGUCGAAUCGUUCGGAAAUGGGACAGUUUUAAUCACCGGAAGUACUGGGUUUUUGGGGAAAAUGCUCACGGAAAAAUUGCUAAGGUCUUGUCAAGUAGACAGUAUCGCUAUUUUAGUCAGAAGUAAGAAAGGGCUUAGCGCCAGUCAACGGGUUACGGAAAUAUACAAGCAAGCUCUAUUUGACCGACUUCGUUGUGAAAAACCAGAUUUUAUAGAGUCAAUCAGGAUCAUCGACGGACAUUUAGGAGAAUCAUCGAUGGGUUUAUCAUCGUCGGACCGAGAGUGGUUGAUAGAUAAUGUGAAUUUCAUUUUUCAUUGCGCGGCUACUAUUAAAUUCAACGAACCUCUCGAUUUGGCAUCGAAAAUAAAUGUCCAAGGUACUGGAAAUGUGUUGGCAUUAGCAUCUCAAAUGAAAAAUCUCAAGGGUUUUGUGCACGUGUCAACAGCUUACUCACACUGUCCGAGAAGUGAAAUCAAAGAAGAAUUCUAUGACGUUCCAAUCACGGCUAAAGAGUUAAAAAAUGUGUUUGUUGACGAAGAAUCGACUAAUAAAAUUCUAAAGGAUUGGCCGAAUACGUACACAUUUACAAAAGCAGUCACGGAAAAUAUGAUACAAACGAACGGAAAUCACUUGCCGAUAUCAAUAUUUCGCCCGUCGAUUAUCGGAUGCACGAAAUCUGAACCAGAACCUGGCUGGUUGGAUAACAUGAACGGACCAACCGGUCUGGUUACCGGAGUCAUGGUUGGAUUUUUGAGGACGGUACCAAACAUCGGGAGCAAUAUAACAGAUAUCAUCCCUGCCGAUUACACCGUCAACGCAUUGAUUAGCGUCAUGUGGGACACGGUUAACAGACACAAACAGUCGAAUGGAGUGAACAAGGUACCGAAAAUAUAUAAUUACGUUUCGUGUGUCGAAAGCCCUUUGACAUGGGGAAGAUAUAUUAGAGAAAUGCACGAUCAAUACUACGUAGCUCCUCCUUUGCAAUCGAUGUGGUACGGUUUUUACAUUCUCUAUACUAAUUUCAUGGUGGGAAGUAUUUUGAGAUUUUUCUUACACCGAAUACCAGGCGCAUUUAUGGACUUGUUAUUGAUUUUGUGUGGUAAAUCUCCCAAAAUGUUGCGAAUGUAUGCGAAAACAGAAAAAAUGAUUGAUUUACUAUAUGAGUUUUCUACAAGACAAUGGACAUUUGACAAUGGCAAUACAAGAGAAUUGUGGUCGUCGCUAAGUAAAGACGACCGUGAAAUGUUCCGGUUUAGUUUAGAGGAAUUUGAUUGGAAACCUUACAUAAAAAGCUACUAUUAUGGUAUCAGAAGACAUGUACUGCACGAAGACCUAAGCAACGUAGAAAAGGCAUCGUCGAAAAACCAAAUGUUAUUAUGGCUGCAUCAGAUGUUUAUGGUUCUAAUUGUUUAUAUCUUGCUGCAAUUGUUUUGGGCGUGUAUAAAAUUUGUAUUUUGA